AAAGAACGCGUUUUAUUUUUUAUUUAAUUUCAAUAUUAUCAAAAAUGGCUGACGUUUUUGAAAGCCUCGAGUUGCUGUUCGAUCGUCCAAAUGAGCCGCUCAUCACACCCAAGGGCGAAAACAAUUCUGUGUUUCAACUCACAGAACAAUUUUUGACUGAGGACUACGCCAACAACGGCAUCGAAUUAAACAACCGUUUCGGUGACGAUGCUUCUGAGAAGAUACCCCUCAAGAACCUCAGCAAACUCCCAGAAUUUAAAAUUGCAACUCAACUACCCAAGGACGCUGAAUUCUCAUUGUUUCUACCUAAACAUCAAGAAAUGGCAAAUGAACUUCUUGGCGUUCUCAUGGAUGUACCAGAGAACGAAUUACAAGAUUUGCUAUCGACAUGCGCCUUUGCACGAGUAAACCUGAACCCUCAGUUGUUCAACUAUUGUUACUCUGUGGCACUGAUGCACAGACGUGAUACCAGAAAAGUCAGAGUUAAGAAUUUUGCAGAAGUAUUUCCCUCUAAAUUCUUGGAUUCCCAAGUAUUCACUCAGGCUCGUGAAACUGCAGCCGUUAUUCCACCAGAUGUUCCACGCAUACCUAUUAUCAUUCCACGAGACUACACUGCGACGGACUUAGAAGAAGAACACCGCCUUGCGUACUGGCGAGAAGAUAUCGGCAUCAACCUGCAUCAUUAUCACUGGCAUUUGGUCUACCCGUUUACGGCCAACGAUCUUUCAAUCGUAGCUAAGGACCGUCGUGGGGAGUUGUUCUUCUAUAUGCACCAGCAAGUGAUAGCCCGCUUCAACUGCGAGCGCUUGUGCAAUUCAUUAAAAAGAGUUAAAAAAUUCAGCAACUGGAGGGAGCCAAUUCCAGAGGCUUACUUCCCUAAGCUUGACAGUUUGACUUCGUCGCGCGGAUGGCCGCCGCGUCAGUCCGGUAUGCAAUGGCAGGACCUGAAUCGUGCGGCCGAAGGUCUAUUUGUGACCAUUGACGAAAUGGAACGCUGGAGAAGAAACGUUGAAGAAGCUAUCGCGACUGGUACCGUUAGAUUGCCAAACGGGCAGACUCGGCCUCUUGACAUCGAUACGCUCGGCAACAUGUUGGAGUCCAGCGCCCUCUCGCCGAACAGAGAACUGUACGGUUCGAUACACAACAACGGGCACAGUUUCACCGCGUACAUGCACGACCCGGAACACAGAUACCUUGAACAAUUUGGUGUUAUCGCUGAUGAGGCCACAACGAUGCGCGAUCCAUUCUUCUACCGCUGGCACGCCUACAUCGAUGACGUUUUCCAGAAGCACAAGGAAUCUGCCUACGUGCGUCCUUACACUCGAUCUGAGCUCGAGAACCCGGGCGUGCAAGUGAGGUCCGUGUCGGUGGAGACGCCCGGCGGACAACCGAACACGCUGAACACGUUCUGGAUGCUCAGCGACGUGAACUUGUCGCGCGGACUCGACUUCUCCGACAACGGGCCCGUGUACGCUCGCUUCACUCACCUCAACUACAGGCAUUUCAGCUACAGAAUAAACGUGAACAACACCGGUAGCAGCCGUCGCACCACAGUGCGUAUCUUCAUCACUCCGAAGUUCGACGAGCGCAAUGUCCCCUGGAUAUUCUCGGACCAACGCAAGAUGUGUAUUGAAAUGGACAGAUUCGUCACUGUCCUGAACGCCGGAGAGAAUAAUAUUGUCCGUCAGUCGACGGAGUCUUCCAUAACUAUUCCGUUCGAACAGACAUUCCGCGACCUAUCCGCUCAGGGCAAUGAUCCACGACGCGACGAACUCGCUACCUUCAAUUACUGCGGCUGCGGCUGGCCUCAGCACAUGCUCGUGCCCAAGGGCACUGAAGCCGGCAUGCCCUUCCAACUGUUUGUUAUGUUAUCCAACUAUGAUUUAGACCGGAUCGAUCAAGAUGACGGAAAACAGCUCACUUGUGUGGAAGCGUCGAGCUUCUGUGGAUUAAAGGAUAAGAAAUAUCCUGAUAGGCGCGCUAUGGGAUUCCCGUUCGAUCGACCCUCGAGCAGCGCCACCAGCCUCCAGGACUUCAUUUUACCAAACAUGGGCUUGCAGGACAUCACUAUUCAAUUGCAAAACGUCACCGAACCUAACCCACGGAACCCUCCCAUGUCUGUUUAAAAUGUCGCAAAAUUAAAAUGAAAUACGCGUCUUAAACCACAAAUUCGAUUUUUUAUUUAAGUGUAGCAUUUAAAAAACCAAAAGGCUGAUGUAUUCAUCUUAGAAUAUUUUAAUGUUAAAUGUACAUAAUUUUGUUAGUUAACCUACUUAAGUGACCCGUUUUAUG